UCUGAGAAGCUAGCAAGUAAAGUGAGCAUGGAUGUUUGACUGGACUAGGUCAUGAAAGUCAGCCAUCUCUCUCUCUCCGGUGAUCCACACAUUCUAUAUAUCGGCCAUAUAUAGUACGGUUGUACUUAAAAAAUAGUUGGAGUUCACCAUUGUUUGGCCAAACCAAAACUCUUGCUCUCUCAUCCUACAUAUAUAUAUUGGAACUUCAUUCUGGAGUAGCAUCAUUCCGGGUAGUUCAUCAGCUCUACACCAGAAGCUAGCCGGGUUCAGGAUCGAUCAGAAUCUAGUUGAAGGGCGAGCUCUAGCUACUGCAGGGAGAGAUCGGUCGAUAAAGCAUGAGAGGGUUCGAGAGGAGAGGCGUCCGGCAGUACAACCGGUCGGAGGAGCCGCGGAUGCGGUGGACGGAGGAGCUUCACCGGCAGUUCAUCGAGGCCGUCGACUGCCUCGGCGGCCAGGACGAGGCAACACCGAAGCGAAUUCUUCAGCUCAUGGGCGCCAAGGGAGUCAGCAUAUCCCACAUAAAGAGCCAUCUCCAGAUGUACAGAUCAAGCUCUAGCAACACCAACAGCAACGGUCCAGCCAAUAUGUCUGUGGAUUGCCGUCCAGACCACCGUGCCGUUGACGUGUCACGGAGCAGCCAUGGGGAAGACAUGGCGGCGGCUUCAGAAAGGAUCGACGCUUCCUCUUACGCCGUGCUUCCCCGCGGCCACCGCUCGUCGCCGUCGUACCAAAUACCGUCGAUCGACGAAGUUUUCAUGAGCUGGGAGCAGAGUAGAGGGAGGCUGCCAUGGAACUCCACCAUGAAAUCAGAGAAGGCGACCGGCCGGGCACGUCACGCUGACAGCAGAGCGCGUCAGAAGAAUCAGCGGCCGACGGCGGGAUGUGACCUGACGCUGUCCAUCGGCCGGUGCGACGAGGAGGCCAUGGUCGUGAUCAGCGACGCGGACGUCUCGAGCACGACCACAGAGGAGGCUGCCGUCGUGCCGGCGAGGGAUCGGGGAGCCGGCGACCGCCGCCGCUCAGACACCGCUGGUCUGAACCUUGACCUGAACCUCGACCUCGCCGUCUCAUCUUCUUGGCUCUGAUUUGUUACCGAUGGCCCCCUGUGUAAAUAUAUAGAGAUGCAUCUUUAUAUGUGAGGUUACUCACAGCUCCUCAUAUAGCAUUGCACCAUAUAUAGAUCGUGUAGAGCAGUGUAGUUGUAGUUAACUUGUGAGGUUUCUUGCUAGCCAUAUGAGUUUCCUUUGACAGACUGCUAUACCAUGCAGCAGUUCGGUUUCUAGUACCUUUUUAGCAGUCUAUGCAUGCAUCGUUUGAGCCUGUGUAUGUACGUACAUCACAUAGGUUUAUGUAUAUAUGGUUCCAUUUUCUA